CUACAGCAAACGUCACACACCACUGACAGGCAGCGAUUGAAUGAAAACAAAUUCGUUCGCAUAACUCUCCGACUGGGAGCAAACAGUUUCGGCAGUGCAAGCUCUCGCGCAAAAUUAGACCGUCGCAGAAAAUCUACAGAGCUGAGGCAGCAACUUACUGUUGGCUAGUGCGUGUGUUUGUCUCUGUGUUGUUUUGGUGUGAUUAAUUAAAGCGAAAAAAUGUCCUCAUUUGCUGCACUCCGAUUCGCUCCCCGGUUGCUCACCGGCAAUGCCUCCCAUCGGUUGGUGGCGGCGGCCACGCAGCGGAAUUCCUACUUUACCUACUCGAACCAAAUUUCGCAGCCGCUCGAGCGUGAGCCCAAGUACACCACGGCGGAGGAAGCCGUCAAAGUUAUCAAAUCAGGGGACAUUGUGUUCGCGCAGGGUGCAGCGGCCACCCCGGUCCAUCUGCUCGAUGCGAUGACCAAGCACGGCAUGGAGAACAAUCUGCGCGACAUCACCGUGACGCACAUGCACACCGAAGGGCCGGCUUCGUACUGCAAACCCGAGUGCAAGGACGUGUUCCGCUCGAAGUCACUGUUCAUGGGCGGCAACGUGCGUGCAGCCGUGGCCGAUGGCCGCGGUGAUGCGGUCCCGAUCUUCCUGCACGAAAUUCCGCUGCUGUUCCGGCGCAAGCUCAUCCAGCCGGAUGUGGCAAUCGUGUCGGUGUCGCCCCCGGACAACCACGGCUACUGCACGCUCGGCACCAGUGUGGACUGUGUGCGUGCGGCGCUGGAAAAUUCGAAAGUUAUCAUCGCCCAGGUGAACAAGCAGAUGCCGCGCACGUUCGGUGACGGUAUCAUCCACCAGUCGCAUUUCGAUUACGCAGUCAAUGUGGAUAUCCCGCUGCCCGAGCAUGGUGGGCACGCGAUGUCGGAUGUCGAGACCAAAAUCGGCCAACUGAUCGCAGAGAAUCUGGUCGAGGAUGGUGCCACGCUGCAGAUGGGCAUCGGCAACAUUCCGGACGCGGUACUGAACGCACUGCACAACCACAAGGAUCUGGGUAUCCAUUCUGAGAUGUUUGCCGGCGGUGUGGUCGAUCUGGUGCGCAAAGGUUGCGUCACCAACGACAAGAAAACGUUCCAUCGGGGUCGUAUCGUCGGUUCGUUCCUGAUCGGCACCAAGAAGCUGUACGACUUCGUGGACAAUAAUCCGUUCAUUGAAAUGUUGGAGAUCAACUACGUCAACAAUGUUGGAAUUAUCUCGCGCAACCCCAAGAUGACGGCCAUCAACUCGGCCAUCGAGGUCGAUCUCACCGGGCAGGUGUGUGCGGAUUCGAUCGGCACGCGCAUGUACUCCGGCUUCGGCGGACAGGUAGACUUUAUCCGCGGUGCGGCCGAAGGAUUCGAUGGCAAGGGCAAACCAAUCAUUGCGCUACCGUCCGUCACGAACAAGGGCCAGAGUAAAAUUUCGCCCAUUCUCAAACCUGGUGCCGGUGUGGUAACCUCCCGAGCUCAUGUCCAUUACGUCGUCACUGAGUACGGCAUUGCUAACCUGUUCGGGCGCAGCUUGCGCCAGCGUGCUUACGCAUUGAUUCAGAUUGCGCAUCCCGACCAUCGCGAGGCGCUCGAGAAGGCUGCCUUCGAGCGUCUGAAAACGAUGCCAACGCCGAACUAAGAACGCCGUUGUCGUAUCACAAACGCCCAAAUACACAGCGACUACAAAAACGUGCAGGCCUUCCGAACGCAAGCAACAGCAACAGCAACAACACGAGAACAAAACAAGACGAACAAAUUAAAAGCACAUGCCAUUUCGUCGCCAUGGUAACACGUAACAUGAUCGGUCGUUCAAAAGCAAUGGAUUCGUUGAAUUCAAACAAACACAAAACGACUCAAGCCCGUGGUUUCGUGCGAGUUUAUUGUCGUGUUCGACACGUUUACAAAGCAAGAUAUAAAAAAAAAAACAAACAACGAUCCUUUAUUCGGGGUUCGGAUCUAGAAUUCACCCGAUUGAUAAUUCCUGCUGGAUAUGAAUUGUGUUUUAACGUGUUUUUGUUGUUUUUUUUUUUGUAAUAAUAUGUUUAAUCAUUCGUGCGUAACGCUCCGUGAUGUUUUUUCGGCAUUCUAGCAUUUUGGAGCCAAUGAGGUUGUAAAUUUCGUUGGACAAACCAAAACUCCAGAGAUAGAAGAAAAACAAAAUAACUCCUUUUCGCAACGCUAAGCAAAAUCACCAAAUAAAAGCAAUUUAAUUUAAAAACAUUA